AUGACUUCCAAAACCUACAUCGUUGAGCAUCUCGAUGAUGAACUCGGCCCAUGGUCUGAGUUGGAAUAUGUGACCAUCGCCAAGGAGUCCCACCAGGCAGGUGCAAAGUUCUGUUUAUCAUCAGUUCCUCCUUCUUUGGUGUUGCCGGAGGCCUUGAAGGUUGUACCAGGUUUCACAGCAGAUGGCAAUAGCGUGGAAACAAUUUAUGCCAACGAUAAGAGCAGAGUGUGCUUGUUGGAUCCCUCAGCCGCCAAGGAAUUGAGGCCGGAGGACGGAGACACCUUUGAUGUCUUCCUGUUUGGUGGUAUUUUAGGGGACGAUCCACCACGAGAUAGAACAUCCGAAUUGAGGAAGAAGGGGUUCGAGGGACGACGUCUUGGUCCAAAGCAGAUGACUACAGAUACCGCAGUUAGAGUGACGAGGCUUGUGGCGCAAGAGAAAAUCCCACUGGAGAAAAUCGAGUACAUCGACUAUCCUGAGCUUCGCAUCAACAAAAAUGAGAGCACAGAAAUGCCAUUCCGUUAUGUCAAAGGAGCAAAUGGGGAAUCGAUUAUGCCAGAGGGCAUGGUCGAGCUGAUCAAGAAGGAUUCUGAGAAGGGCUUCGCUGAUCUCUUCUGAGUUGUGAAGAUUUCGGGACGCUGCAUGUUGUGAAGCCACAGCGAGCUUCCUCUGAUAAUGAAAGCCCGCUUCGUACUAGCAAUUAUCAAGAGGCGAUCCGCCACAUGUAACGCCGAACAUGUUGACAGAGAAGUGUGAAGCUUACUGCAGUACCUUGAGCUCAACUGAGCGCCGCGUCGAUGGUCAAAAUGAGAGAGAUGAUGUAGAUGGAAACAUAUUUUGCAUUUUGACGAAUUCUGCGAUAGGGAUUUGGAUGUCGUGAUCAGUUAUUUAGUUGAUAUUGGGAGCUUCCAAAAUUGGUGCCACCAGUACUACUUCUGACAUUCCAUAAAAAGAAAAGGUUUCGUCAGGCCAAAUGUCUGUUGCGGCAGAAGCUGUCAAACGGCUCGACCAGCGACAGUCCUGGAAUUGUCCCGAUCCUUGGGACGCACCUGUAGAUCUCCUAGAAGUUGGUAAUUCUUUCUCAAAACACCGGGCAGGAACUGAACGCUCUAUCACCCAGCAAGUCCAAAACAGGAUGCCGUCCAAUGCCAAGUCUGUUGAGUAUCUCUCGAAGCUUAUCUAAAGGCAAUCAUAUCGAUCUCUGACUAAGAAGACUUCUCGAAAGGCUUCAAUCUGUUCGGUCUCGAGCUGAUCUGUCUGAUGGAUGGGAUUUGCGCUUAGAAACAAGGUUUCCCAUACGAUUCGUGGGAUGUA